AUGACAGAGGGCGCAGUGACCUAUGAAGACGUGCAUGUGGACUUCACUCGGGAAGAGUGGGCUUUGCUGGAUCCUUCCCAGAAGAGCCUCUACAAAGAUGUAAUGCUGGAGACCUACAGGAACCUCAUGGCUAUAGGCACUAAUUGGGAAGACCAUAAUAUUGAAGAACAUUUUCAAAGUUCUAGAAGACAUAGAAGACGUGAAAGAAGUCAUACUCGAGAGAAAGCCUCUGAAUAUACUCAGUGUGGUAAAGCCUUUGCAUAUCAGAGCCAUCCUCAAAGACAUGAAAAAAAUCCUACUGGAGAGAAACCUUAUGAAGAGAAAUAUUCUGUAGGCUAGACAUUCAUACAGACCCCAGCAGUCCCUGCCAGCCACCACACCAUGUCUCCAGAAUUUCUUAAGGUAAGAAGAGAAAAGUCUGGGGUAGGAUUUGAGAAAGCAGGACUGUGGACAUAGGCAUUGUUUUGUCCUGGCCUAGAAAAUUUCUCUCAGGUAAUGAAAUUAAAGAUGGCAGAGAAAACCUCAGGCCACAAUCAUGACUGUUGAUGUGGGAGAUGUUUUAAUGUUGUAAGGGAGUCUGAUUCUUGUGAGGGCGGAUAGUGAAGACUGCUGGCUACAUAACCUGUUGAAAACAGGAAUGUCUGCUUUUGAGGGUCUAACUCUAUGGGUGGCAGACUGUGUUCUUGAUCUUUGGUAAUCCAAUGAGUGAGUGGCAGAGGACAUGAUGGUAGCAAAAAUGAAACACAAUUGUAGAUACUAAGACAUUCAAGUAAAGCAAGAUUAAGAAUAUUUUAUUCCAAAACGAGAA